GUUGAACUUUUGAGUCGGGGUAGGGUUGGGCGCCAUCGUUUUUCGUCUAGAUUCUAAAUCACCAAAUCAUGUUCACACAAGCCGACAAAAAAAACUCAAGGAAGCAGAAAUUGGUCUCUGGUGCGAGGAUCAGCUACAAUGAUGUGCCCUACCCAACACGACUCAACUUUUACAUGUCACCACCGUCACUUGAAAUCAGUAUCGAGGAGUUUGAGCAGUUUGCUCUUGACCGUAUGCAAGUCCUUACAACACUCCUCAAUGCUCAAGUACGAAACAUGACGUCCGAACAAUUGGACAAGAAUGUCGAUGCAGCCAUCAGAAAGUAUAUGCCCAUGCAUAAAAAUACCUCGGGAAUACCCCAAAAUCAGUUGAUGGACGAGAGACGCAAAGAUCAUGUUAGCCAUUUUAUUUUACGACUGGCUUAUUCUCGAAGCCAGGAGCUCAGAUCAUGGUUUUUGCGCGCAGAAUGUGCACUUUUCAGAUAUCGCUUUGAGAAAGAGAUUCUAUCAGAUCAGUUGGAAUUUUUAGAACAGCAAAAUUUGAGCUGGAAGAAGGUCAGUGAUGAUGAUAAGAGCCUACUUAAAGAAAAGUUGUUGCCAUUAAUUAAGCCUCAUAAUAAUACAAAUUUGGAUGGAGUAACGUACUUUGAAGUCGAUUUCGAAAGAGUAACAGGAUUGGUCGGGCGGAGACAAGUGUAUGUCCAAGGAGGAAAGGCAUAUGUCCCUUUAGCAGAUCAGGUUGUCUUGGUUCUAGAUGAGUUCAAAGAGCGACUUGCUCAUGCCUUGGAGGUUACAGGAAAGAUCUUACCAAGGAUGGAAGAAGAUGACAGACUGAUGCCUGUUCUGAACAAUAUCAACAAGCAAUAUUUGGGUCGCGAAUUCACUACAUCGGCUAUUGCAGGAGAAAUCCAGGCUCAGGAUGUAGAUAAUCUUAAAGUGCAUAUGCCGUUAUGUAUGGAGCAUUUACACAAUGAGCUUCGUCGUGAAAAACAUACUCGGCAUGGAGGACGUAUGCAAUAUGGCUUAUUCUUAAAGGGCAUAGGUCUCUCCCUGGAGCAGGCAUUGAUCUUUUGGCAAAUGGCUUUUGAGAAACUGACACCGGAUCAAUUCAACAAACAAUACGCAUACAAUAUCAGGCACUCAUACGGUAUGGAGGGUAAACGCACAGACUAUACUCCUUUCAGCUGCCGACAUAUUAUUCAGAACAAUGCUCCAGGGCCGGGUGAUCAUCAUGGCUGUCCAUUUCGUCAUUUCAGUGCACCUAAUUUACGCGCUACGCUAGCUGCUCAUCAUGUGGAUGAUUUCGAUACAGAGGAUAUUAUGAGUUUAGUACAGGGUCGCCACUUCCAAAUCGCAUGCACACGGUAUUAUGAGGUCACACGGGCAAGAAUGCUGGACAUUGCUACCGAGAACCUAAAAGGUGGUGGAAUCAAUGGUGGUCAAGGGAAUACAGGCAUGGUGGCCAGUCAGGAAUUGAUUGAACACCCAAAUCAGUUCUUUGAGCAAAGCUAUCUAUUGAUGCAAAGCAAAGAAUCAUCUGCAUCUAUAGCAAAAUCUGGUAAUGGUGAUUUUAUGGAUGGGCAAGCACAAUCGACACUCCAACCGACAGUCAAGGGACAAUACACAUAUAAAAAAUCAGGGGUUCAGACAUCCUCCCAUUCGAAUCUUGAUAUGGAGCUGUAGAAAUAAAAAACGCAUGGAAACUACACUAGCUGUUGUUGUUGUUGGACUUGUAAUUACAGCUGUCCCCGAGAAUUACCCGAUAAGCAUAUAAAAGGAUCACUGUCCUCAGAAGUAGUUG